UGGAGAACAGCGUAUCCAUUUUAAAUGUUUCCCUUUCUAUCAUUCGGCAUCGGGACUGUUUUCUGCUGCUUUUCUUAUUUUUCAUGGGGUUCCUGUCUCUCUCUCUCGAUACCUCGCUCGGAAAGACUCCCAACGAUUGAUACGGUGUGGCCGACAUUUGUGAAAGCAGUGGUCCAAGGGCAACAAAGGGAUUAGAGGAACUGCCGGCCUAGAGGGCGAGAGCAUCGGAAAGAUUGCUGAGUGCCAGGCCGCAGUGAGACGGGAGACUGCCUCCUACUGUGGAGGUGAAGGGAACGCGCCACCACAGGCAAAACAAAUACACAGAACAGUGUAAAUAAAUACCAUGGGAGGGAAACACCAUACCUGCUGCCUCCAAAGAUCAGCAACGUUCUGAGUGAAGGUCAUUUUCGGGCCUCUGCUAGCAGGUUUUCUGUAUUCCCAGCACAUUUAUAUUUGGCAUCAACAGGGCAUCCUAUUGUUUGGUAGACUAUUCAAAAUAAACUUUAUUUUGGAAAUUGUUUUAAUUGCGUUCCAAUAUACAUUUAUGGGGACACCAGGAAAGUGCCGGUUAAAUAAAACCCAAUUUACAAAUGAGAGGAAUGUGGUUUGGAAUUUGAGCUUCCAAACUAAGAUCAUUGAGAUAUUAUCAUUCAUACAGCACAGCCUGUACUUCCAGGCAGUGAUAGUUCCUAUUUUGGUGAAAAGAAAAUGGAAAAAUGUAUAUUUACUGGUUUGCUCAUGACAGUAUGACUCUUUGGUCCCAACCUCUUAUAUAUGUGAUAAAUGAAUCAUAAAAUAGCUUGUGGAAAGUUUUGGCAGCAUUUUCAAAGGCUUUUUGACCAGAAUGUUAAAGGGAUAUUUCAUUCAAAAAUUUAAAUUCUCUCAUAAUUUACUCAACGUCAACGUAAAGAUAUUUACACUGUAAACAUUGUUAAGCCUGUAACAAAAACUUUGUACUAAUUCCCCCUAGCUUUUUCCAAGCAGCUGAUGUGAACUAAAUUUACUGAGUAACUACGAAAAGAAAAAAAUUAUUGAUCCAACACAUUCUACAUUCUCUCAACUAUGACUUUAAAUCCACCCAACACAGAAGGUUGAGUUUUCAUUUAUCUACCUUUUAUUAUUUUAUUACAACGGAUUACUGGGAAAUCGUGGGUUAAUCGUGAUAGCUGCCCACUGCUCCGGGUGUACGUAUGUUCACCACUUGCUGUGCGUGUGUUCACUAGACACUGGAUGGGUUAAAAGCAGAGGUCACAUUUCGGGUAUGGGUCACCAUACCUGACAAAUAGGUCACUUUCACUUUCAUAAACACUUCAAAACAGAACACUGGUCAAACAGUUGUGUUGAAGACUUUUUUAGUGGAGGCAGAAUUAUGUUAUGCACUUACCCGUCAAAACUGAACACAAACCUUGAUCAUGGUGAACAUUAAAUAAAUCAUUUAAAAUCAAAUCUAUAUACAUCAAGCAACUAAUAUUUUCAACAUCAACAGAGUUAAAAAUGUCUGCAAACUCUAGAAGGGUACUAUUUUUAGGAACUGGGUAAAAAACGGAUUGAACAUGUCGCAGUGCAUGCUAGGAAUGUUCUGUUUGUUCAGAUUAUACAGUUUGUUAAAUUGGGCAAACUUUUUGCCACAUUUUGGACAAAAACUUAAAUAUCUAAGUCCAAUAAACAAAAGAAUCUUUGGUCGAGAAACUUGAUUUGUUUUUGUUCAUUGUUGGAUUUUUUACCACGUAGAAGAAUGUUAGUAACUGAGAUUUCUGUGGCACCAUUGACUAUCAUGUAGAAAUAAUUAUUGUAUUUUUUUCGUUCGGUUGAACACAAAAUUAAAUAUUUUGAAGAAUUUGGGGAAAGCAAACUGGUCUUUGACAGUUUUGACAGUUUGACUUUGGGCACCUUUGACAAUCACUUUUAUGGUAGUCAUUGCUGCCCCAGAAAUCUCAGUUGCUAACAUUAUUCCAAAUACCUUUCUUUGUGCCUAUUUGAGAGAUGAAGAAAAGUAAUCAAUUUUGAAGAUGAAUGAGAAAGACACUUACAACAUUUACAUUUAUGCAUUUGGCAGACGCUGCGACUUGUUGUUAAUGCAUAUUACAUUUUGACACCACCAUAUCAACACCAUAAACAGUACUGUUAGUUUAUAAGGCCAUGCUACUAGGAGGAUUAAACCUACAGUAAGCAAAGGAGAGAAUGAACAACACAAUUGUUUUUAGACACAGGACAUAGACAGUUAUUGGUUAGUCAUAUAAAUGCGGAACAGGUAUGUUCUGAGUUUUUUUUUUGUUUAAGGAUGCUGCAGUUCGGGCACAGGCUGGGAGUUCAUUCCACCACAGGGAAAACAAAUGACUAGAAGUAUUUGCAAGCGAUUUGGUGCCAUUCUGUGAUGGAACAAACAGGCAUUGCUCAAUUUCAGACUGUAGAUGACGGGAGGGGAUAUAGACCUGGAGCACUGAGGGGUGAUUUAAAAAGUGUCAAAGGGGAGAGCAGAUGAUGCACAGUCAGUAUAAAGCUCCCGCAAAUUGCCUUUGCAUUCCACCAGCAUACGAUCCUGAGGCAUCGGGCUGGCCUUGGCUCCAUUUAAAUCUGAGUCAUCUAAUUGAAUUAGGCUAACCUCAAGUGCUAGGUUUGGGCAAGCAGGUGAAGGAUUGCCCCGUGGAAACCCUCUGAAAUACCCCAAUUUUACCGGCAAAAGGCUUUCCUGGCUAUUGCCACAUUAAUGAGCUAGAUGCUAGGUCUUUUGCUGAUAUGCAUUUGGGAAACUAAUACCGCUAAAGGAACAUGGUUCUUACCAUGGCUUUGAGAAGAUAAACACAAUAGCGCAGACUCUUACAUUCAUCCUCAUUUACACAGACAUCCAAGCACAUGCCAGUACAACCCACACUGUGUUUGGAGAACAAUCUCCUCUGGUGAAGAUGUAAUCAUUGGCUUAGGUGAUGUAUACAGUCUCCGAGAGGAAAAAUAUAGAAUGGUCAAGAUAAUAACCUCGUGUUGUUUUUUUAACAGGUUAUUUUCAUUUACUGUGUGACAGUGCAGUUUGAAAUGUAAAAUAAGCCUGUAAUUGAAAUGAGGGUAGAACAGUGGGAUGGGUUGUAAUGUGUUGGCUGGGCAAACUUCUAUUUCUCGACUUCUUUAUGUAAGAACAUUUUUUUACAGUUCUUUCAAAAAACUGUUUUUCGUGCUGACUGAAAGAAAGGUUAUGCUUUAUAUCUAUGCAACAGCUGCUCAACUAGCUUUUUUAUUUUAAAGAGGACCUGUUUAUUACUGUCACAAAUGUUUAACAAAUCACAGAGUUACUGUUGUGUUGAUUUAUGAUAACGUAAUUUUAGAUAUUUCUUUUGACUGCUCUCUCAGUUUGCCCUUCACUCAGCGGAUGAACUGCUGCAUUUUUUGUACGAUUUUUUUGAUAAAUCACAGCAGGUCCACAGAAUAUCAAGGCAAAAUCAUAAAUAUUUUAUGAGGUGUCUAAUUUUGGCUAAUAUGUAUGAUCUAAUUUUAGUAUGAUUUGCUUUUGCACCAGUGAUGGUGGAUAUAUUCAAUAGCAAUAUUCAAUAUAACUUUUUCUAGUAUUGUACAUUUUUGAAGGACUCCGAACAAAUGAAUUCAUGCAAAUUAGCCUCGUAAAAUUGUUACGAAUUCCUGUGAGAUCAGGUUGGUAUGUCGUAGAUGUUGUUGUAAGAAUAUGUAUAUAUUCUACGACAUAAAACACACCUGUUAUAACCCGCUUAUAAUUUUACAGCUUUUAAGUGUUUUAAAAUGGCAGUUGCUAAAUGCGACUACAGAAAUUGUCGGGGACGUUAAACGUGGAAGAAAAUUCAUUCACAGAGUAGUUAUUUGUAUUAUCAUGGAACAUGUGUUUAAUAAAGUUUGGAAGAAUUGUCGGAGGCUUUGUGGUUGUGAUGUUGUCGAGUAACUGUGCGUAGUCUGUUUAUAGCCUCAUAUUACUUCUGAUGAUUGUAUUUAGGUUUCCUUGGGCUUACUUGUAAAGAUGAUCUUGAUAGACAUAACGUGUUUGUGAAUAAACAUUUGUUGCUCACAGAGCUUAUUUAUUGCAAUAUUUCAAAAGUCUAUUGAAGAAAUCCAUAGGCCUUUGAUCGAAAGAACCAGUGUGGUGCUAACUUCUCAGUGGGCAUACAAAAAUAUGUCAUCCUCCGGCACUCUAUUACUGCAUGUUUAUUGCUAUCUGGCAGUCUUAUGACACUUUUGCUUUAGUUAUCAUUCUGCAGUAAUGUGUUGAACAACACAUUUUCAAUGUAAUAAAUAAUGUUAUAUUUUUAAGAAAUAUGAAGUGCUAAAACAAGUGGCUUUUUCAGAACCUGGAAUAGAGGAAUAGAGGAAGGUUCGGGAACACUGUGUAAUUCUGCAAAACCAGGACCACAACCACGCUUUACUGGGAUGAGAAGUACAAAGUUUGAUUUACGGACUUUUCUUGUGAACCAGGGCGCAGAAUGCAUGGUUGUCCAGUAGAAAAAUAUCUGUGUUCCAAUUGUUGUAAAAUAGUUGCUUGACCUUCUGUCUCUUGUGUUGACAACUAGAUAAACAUAACUUUAAUGUUUUGUUUUUCUUGAAUAAAUGUUUGCGUUACAAAAUCACACUAGAACAUCAAUUUGUUUAAAUGGGCAUCUGAACAGAGAAUGAAAACAUGCAGUUUUAUGCCAAAUGGAUAAAAAAUGAAAACACAAAUAAAAGUAUAACACAAUCAAGUGGCCUAUAGAGUGAAAAAUGAUUCUUGUGGUCCAGAAUGUUGAUACACAUUUAAUUAUAGCUUCAAAUGUCCUUUGGUUUUGACCAAACUGUCAAACUGAAUUAGAAGACGAAUCUUUACUUUAAAGGUCAAUUACAAGUUUUUUUUCUUUUUUCCCCUAUGCCUUUUUUAAUUGAUGUCAAAAAAUGGUCCGGUCAAAAGGGAUAGAGUUGGAAAAGCCUUGAUGAAAUAACAAUUUGGAUGACUGAAUUUCACCCUGCUUUAAGUCACAUGUCAGACCACUUCUCCAGUAAAAAAAGAACAAAAGCAGACACUCACGUUCAACUUGUUUCCAUUAGCUAAGCCCUUUCUCAAGACAAAGUGUUUUAUCAUAUAACGCGAAGGCCAAGGAGGGUGGGCCUUGAAAUGACAUCUGAGUCCACCACAACAAUACAAUUUCCAGGAUUUUGCUACAUUUGGAAAUGUGACAUUUCUACGAGUGUCUAAAAAAGGACGUUUCAAGGUUGUCCAGACCAAACCUCUUUUUUAGUCUGCUCAACACUUAUUGGGACGUUUUUUUACCAGUAUGAAGUCAGGGCUGUUAAAUGGAAAACAGCUGUUGACUGAAGAGCACAUUUUAAACCCUUUAAACAAAAAGGCAAAUGGUGUGAUGUUAUGUUACUAUUUAGGACUUCAUGUACGUAAAAAACCUUUCAUGUUUGAAUGGCUGAAUUUAUAAAAAGAUUGUAUUGAUAUAAUGGGUGUCAUAGUGUAAAUGUAGGCCUACUGUACGUUGAAUGUUAAACACAGAUUUUUGUAAUUCAAGAUAUAUUAACAAAACGUUUUAAAAAAGAGAUUUCUAAAAGGAAGACACUUUUGUACACUAUUUCAAUCAAAGACAUAGUACAAACCUCUAGUAAAGAAAACAUCUAACCCUCGUGCAACAACUUUCACUUUAGUGUAAACUUCUCCAUAAUGCCAUAUUCCUAAAAUCAUAAACUGGAAUAUAUUCUGAAACAAAAUCAAAAUGCGUUUGCAUUUUUGUGACAGUUGCAAUUUUACGGAGUCAGAGAUUGAGUCUUUAUACAUAUCUCGUAAGUAUCACAAUGCACUAAUAUGCAGUUACAUAACAGCGCAAUAAUCCCUGUGUCAUUGUAUAAAAAUGUAAAAUACAGUUCAUGGCUGGGAAGAUAUGUUUACGGUAAGCUAAUUUUCCUUAUCCACCCGCCAAUGGCAGGUGUGGUAAAAAGUUAAUUUUGGACUCUGAAUUCAUGCAUAAAAAGUCUUUGUUGUUUGUAAACCAGAGCGCAACCUUCAGACACAAAAGAAAUGUGGGGUGAACAGUAACCGAGGGUGCACAGGGUUAUGUAAGCAGAUGGGAUUCAUUUCCAGGCUUUCUGAACAGAACUUCGGCAAUGAUUGACAGGUCAUUCAGCCACCAAACAAAUUUGAGCUAUAAACUAGCAUAACAUAAGAUGUGGACUAGCCGCAAAAUUUAAACUGCAGUUGAUUUAGCAGAUUCUCAGAGGCCAACCCUCUAAAAACAAUGCAAACUUAGCUCAGAACAGUUUUGAAUCCAUCCAGAAGCACCACCCUCACAUCGCAUGCCUUGUACUCAAGUCAGCUGCCGGCUUCCCAGCCGGUCAUUUCUGUAGAGUUUUUCAUUUCUCCAGUUAGAGUUUAACUGGAGUGUAUCCAUUAAACAUUCCACAGACAGGAAAAGCCAAAGGAACAUAUGUCAAAAUGUCAGGGUGUAGCUACUGUAUCCCUGUAGCGGCUCUUGGCUUUAGGUUGAUGUAUGCCGUUAGGCAACUAAAUUUAAAGCUAAUUACUAUGACAGAGAUAAAAGCAGACAUCAACCCCCCUCCCCCACCAUAUACAUAUAACUGUGAACAUUUUCAAGCUGUCAUUAUCAUCAAAACUGUAAUUGCAAGGUUUUGGUUAUUUCAAUAGGAGUUCUUGGGCAGGACACCCACAAAAAUGGCAUUUCUGAGGCCGCAAUGUAAGACUAGUUUACAAAGCAUGGGGGUCAUACUUUUAGGGUGGCAUAAUGGAACAACAUAAUGUGUUUAGUUUGUAUACUGAUUUUUAUUUUAAAAAUCUGUAUUAUUAUUUCGUGACUGCCACAGUAUCUGAAAAGUGGUGUUAUUCAAGUAGAUUCUGUAUUAUUUGCUGUAAAUACAUUUUCGAAUGUAUACAUUUUCAGACUUCAUAGGCCUUUAUUUUCCUGCAGUGCUGUAAAAAUAAACUUCAUUAUUUACCGCAAACAUAAACAGAUGGUGAAUUUCAUUCCUUUGUUUUCAAAAUAGAAAUGAAAAUAGUCACAUGAGAAGCGAUGCACAUUGUAUUUGUUUUUGAAGAAAUGAAUUACCAAAUUUAAUUUGAGUUCAUCCUAGCACGGUCAAACCUCACAAUUUUCUUGUCAUAAUUGUGUUUUAUGCACUGGCAGAGCAGUCUAUUGUUUUCUAAGGUUGUUUCUGCUGUAUUGUGUGCAUUGCACAUUUUAACAAGCUGGCAACAAAUUAUUACUGUUGCAAAACUUGGUAUAGUUCACAUUGCACAAACGUUUUUGAAUGUGACAGGCUUUGACUCGCAGGUCAUUUUUUAUUGCAACAGUUAAACAGUGUACUGUAAUUGUCUUCGUUAUGCCAUAAAUAUUGUUUAUGGAGUUUUGUAAUAAUCCCAGGGAUGUACAGUCUGCCUUGUCAGUAAUUGUCUUUAGCUGUGUGUGAACAUAAUUAUAACUACUGGAUGGAUAAAAAGGAUGGGAUGAAAACGACAACAACUGAGAAUGCAUUGAACUGUAGAUGUAAAACAAACCGUAUUGUGCAGAUUACUGCAAAUCAAGAAUCCGUAUGAAGUUUGCAAACCGGUUGUGUGAGUAUUCUUUUCUGUUAUACCUAAGCACAUGUUAAACUAGCUCAUGGUGCACUAUACUGUUGCUUUGGUAUCUGAAAGUGUUCUUUUAAAUUGUCAGAAGUCAAUGUGAGGGCCUGCACAUGCAUGCUUGGCACUGGAGAAAAGGCCAUAAUGGGGUACCGCAGUUUGAAAAAACACAAAAAAGAGGAAAGAAAGUGUAAUAUUUUUAGUUCUAAAUUACAACGUUGGAACUGUUGCUUUGCUCAGCCGACUGUCCGGGGACUGGAAUGGCAUGAUGGGAGCACACGCACUGCCAAACUCCACCCUGGCCCCCUCCCUCUGUCCACUCUGUGCCGCUCCUCUCCCCCUUUUGCUCCAAAAUCACAUACUGUGCCCCUUAUUUCUGCUGUUCCCCGUCCCUCAGCUGGAUCUCAUCGGCAGUGGCAGAGAGAGUCAUUCUUAACCCGAUGUGUGGUGAACCACUUUCAUUAGUAGCAAGUGAGAGAGAAAAAGACAUGUCAUAGGAUUGCUCCCCGCUGUCAGGACUGGAUUCUUGAGAGUUACACAAAACAAUUUCAGCAGUGCUGGUUGCGUGUCCAAGGUUCACAGAGCAGAGAAAUCCCUCUCUAAACUCUACAGUUUAGUUCACAUGAGGUCUUCAAUAGUGUACGCCUGCAAACACCUACGUGUUUUUACAUCUCUCAGAACCAAUAAAGUAAUUGCAUGCGAGCCAAAGACCGGCACUGCUUAGCAAAACUCCCACCUUUUUUAUCACAAUAGUUCUCUGCUUUGUCAAACUGGAGGACAAUCCUGCACAAGCCUUCUGCAAAUGCUUCAUUUUAGAGACAUUUUUAACUAUUCACUAGCUAAUUUAGUUGUAAAUUUACUUUUAAGCACCGCGGAGUGGUUUGAGUCUGAAAGUUUGACCCUGUGUCCUGGGUACAGGAUCUUCCACUACUCUGUGGGCACCAAAAGUACACGGACACCAAGGUUUACAAUCAGUCGUGCCAAAAUAUCUGGCGACAGAUGCAAAAACAACUAGUCUUCAUCGGCUGCUCUUAAGUUUUUAUUAUAAUGGGAUUUUAUAUCCUUGCCGCAAAGUCCCACUAUAAAUUAGAUAAUGUCUACAUCUCUUUACACCUCUUUUAAAACGAACAAAGGAGGAAAAGCACUAUUUUAGUAUUUUAGUUACGAGACAAAAUUACUCAGCUGUCGUUGUGUAAUGCAGAAUCUCAAGAAGCCACUUAAACGGUCAUUUAAGAUUUUUUGCAAGCCAGUUCAUGAUAUCACUACUAUUGUUGGAAAGGAAGCUGUCUUGCAGCAACUAUAAUCCUGCAUGAGUAGGUUUAAAUGCUUGUUAGAAGAAAGAAAAGAGCGGUAAAGUAACAAAACAGCCUGUAAGUAGAAAGAAACGCUGCAAGUUUUAAUUAAGUACACUCGUAAAGUGUAUUUUUAACCCAAUGCAUGUACUCUUAGCAAUCCAGCUGGUUUUGAAGUCUUAAUAUAUACUCGCUUUUGUUUUUUUGAAGACUUUCAGUUGCAGUUCAGAUGAUGAGGAGGGUACGAGGGGGUAAGUGCCAGUUAAAGCGUCUUAAAUUGAUGGGAAAGAAAUGCACUGCUUAGCAGGUAUUCCGUGUCCAUUUCAUAAGUAAGGGGAGGGGAUGCUGGAGGAUGGAUUUCAGAGGGCUUGCGAUGGCGAGGCUCGGGAUUGGUGGACGCUGCUGUUUGGCAUGGCCCCCUGCCAAGCACUUAUGUCUUUAUAUACUGUAAACAGAUGACCAACCAGUCCCGAGUGUGUCUCUGUGCUAACCCUCUGGCUCUCUGCACCUUCUCUCUUCCCUUCUUCAUCCUCUUGUCUGUGCACCUUCACUGCCUCUGGAAAGCCUCAAGACUUUCAACAAGACCGGGCAAACCAGCGAACACAUCCUCCUUCAUAAAAAGUCUUGAAUUUUUUUAGGGAAACCACCAGUCAAGCCUUUAGCUGUUUGCAGUGCCGGUGUGGGAGAAAGAAACCAUGGCUCAACAGAUGUUGCUCUUGACGGUGGUCUCCAUGUGGCUUUUCACCGGGUACUUCCUGGCAGAGGCGACAUAUUACAACCACCAUAUGUACAACCGCUUCCGUGCGCACAAUCACCAUGUCAACAUGGACAAUCAGCUUCCUCCAGAAGUUCCGGUGGUGGCAAAGCCAGUGGUGUCCCCGCGGAUCAACUUAAGUCGCACCUUUUAUGGGAUCAUGUUCGAUGCUGGCAGCUCUGGGACUCGCAUCCAUGUGUACAGGUUCAUUCAAAAAGACCCAGCUGAGCUCCCAGUACUGGACCAUGAGAUGUAUAAUGCCGUAAAGCCUGGACUGUCACAAUAUGCGGAAAAGCCUGAUGUGGGUGGUGAAACUAUUAGGCAACUGCUGAAGGUGGCAAAGAAGACAAUUCCUAAAGAGUUAUGGAUACAGACACCUGUGGUUCUGAGAGCCACUGCCGGCUUGCGCAUGUUGACUCCAGAAAAAGCCAAAGUCCUGUUGGAUGAGGUGAAAGAAGUUUUUGAUGACUCUCCCUUCUUUGUGCCAAACAACAGUGUCUCCAUCAUGAAUGGAGCCAAUGAAGGGGUCUUGGCAUGGGUUACAGUAAACUUCCUGACAGGUCAUUUGUAUGCUAAAACAAAAAGAACUGUUGGGAUCCUGGAUUUAGGGGGAGGUUCAACACAGAUGACCUUCCUUCCUAAAUUAAAGAAAACAGUGUUGAAUGCUCCUCCAGACUACAUUGCCAAAUUUGACCUGUUCAACGCAACUUACGAGCUGUACACCCACAGUUAUCUUGGAAAUGGACUCUUUGCAGCCCGACUGGCAACUCUUGGUGCUCUUGGUUCAGAUGAUCUUGACUGGAAAGUUUUUAGAAGUUCUUGUUUACCUAAAAAAUUUAGUGAAGAAUGGACCUUUGGUGAUCACACCUACAAAGUCAGUGGAAUACCAGAUGGUUAUGCAGGGUACAAGCUGUGCUAUCAAGAGGUCUUGCGGGUAGUGAAAGGGAUUGUGCACCAGCCCUUGGAGGUGAAGGGAAGCAGCGUCUUCUAUGCCUUCUCCUAUUACUACGACAGAGCUGUGGAUUCUGGUCUUAUUGAUAAAGACCGCGGUGGCACUGUGGAAGUCAGGGACUUCAAAAAGAGAGCCAAAGAAGUCUGCAAUAAGAUGACCAAAUACCGUCCGAUCAGCCCUUACUUGUGCAUGGACAUGACUUACAUCACCUGCCUAUUGAAGGAGGGAUUCGGGUUCAAGGAUAGCACUGUUCUGCAGCUAGCUAAAAAGGUCAAUAACGUGGAGACAAGCUGGGCGCUCGGUGCUACCUUUGACUAUUUCCGCAACCUUAACAUCCAUUAAGGCUGCAGUCUUGUGGCUACCAGCAGUAAGGGGACCAAGGACCAAAUCUCACCUGAUCGAGCAACCCCAUCCUCUUUUCCUAAACUCUUCAGUGAGUUUCAGACAUGCACUGCAGCCCUGUACCACCAUCCGCAACCAAACCCCCAGAAAACUGUUCACAAAGAGAUCGCUAUAUUUUUGUAAAGACACCCAGGGAAGCCUGCCCUUUCAACUGUACGUUCACAUGUUUCUCCUCUCGUCUCUCUCGUCGGAGACACUGUCUGUCUACUUUGGAGGUUUCAAUGUUAAGAGCAACCAUUCACAGCUGUUCCGGAUGCUUCAUUUAUGUUGUUUGGGAUAUUUGUAAAAAGCAUUGUGUUGAGUAGUAUUGCUUUAUUGUCUUUUACAGUAAUCUGUAGGUAGUAAUGCUUGUACAGUAGUGUAGUACUGUGUUGUGUUGGGUUAUGAUCAAUUAUGAUGACAACUGUGUCUUUGGCGCCCUUAUUCUAGCACGUUACACUUUAAUAGGGAUUGGAUCAUAUUAUCAGCUCAUUUGAUGAAAUCAUGAAUGCGCGUCUUGAGGUUUAGAAGGUCUGCUGUGGAGUUGGAGAACAUCUUAGGUGGACAUUCUCUAGGCGAAAUGCUAUAGGUGCUUUAUACAUUUUUUGUUGCUUUUUUAUUAUACUGAAUGGCAUACAGUACGAGUAAUGAUAUGAGUGCACUGCAGCCAUCGUCAAUUAAACAGGCACACUAUAAGUACUGUCAGUAUUUAGAUGAAAUCUAACUCAAAUGACUACUUCCUGAAGUUAAACGUUUAUGGUACUGUAUGCUAAAUUUACUCAUUGGACUCAUUAGAACAAGGUCUUCUGGAAACACAAUGUUUAAGUGGUAAAUGUUGUAUGGACAUACCCUGAAUGAUUUAGGAAAACAGUGUGAGAAGGGAAAAGCCUUUGCUCAUUUAGCGUCAUGUCAUGCUAAGUGUGUUUUGUGAAUUAUUGUACAAAUAUUUAUUACAUAUGGAUACUUUACUCCAUAUAGAGAAUAGUGCAGUGUUGCAUUAAUGUUGCUUGUUAAUUUUAGAACUUCUUUAAACCAGCAGCAGUAUACCAUGAUACAAUAUGUGUAUUUACUACCAAUGUAUAUAUCAGCUAUAAGCGUAAUCAAUGCGAGUCUGCAUCUUUACAGACACUUGUUUGAUAUGAACAAUUAUUAUUUUUGCCUUUUUGGGUAUUAUUAUCUGCAGCAAAUGCUAUAAAUAUGGCUAUGCUUGUCAAACAAAUGUCACUCAAUGUUGUGUAUGAAGUAAUA